AUGGGCGCUGCGCAGUCUACCGAGGGCGCCGGAAAUGCGUCGCCAGAGGAGCUGAGCCAUCUGCUGGCAGAGCGCUUUGCGACGAAAUGCUUCACGCCUCUCGAGCUGACCCAUUUCAAAGACAACUUCUUUUCCCGUGCGCUGGACCAGGGCGGGCUUCGAUACUGGAAUGAGAAGAUCCUUUCCGAUUUUCUGGGCAUACCUGAUGGGGUGAACACCGAUGAGAAGGGCGCUGGUCGUGAUGCUGCUUCUCUGGAUGCAGGCCCGGUCAUAUUCCGGAUGGUGUCGUAUUUGGGCGCGUUCCCCUUCCAGACGACCCUGGCGCCUAGCGUCCUGACCUUUGAGGCAAUGGUCAAGGUUGUCGUUCUUCUGACGGAACGGUACGGCAAGGUGCUCAAGAGGGGGCGCAAGGAUAGGAUCAAGCUGCUCUUUGGCAGUCUGGCAGAUGUCGCGCGAAGAGACAUCGAAGAAAAGAAAGUCGAGAGCGCACCUGGUGAACCAGCCCCUUCAUCUUCUUCAGAGGCAGCUGUCGACAAGCACACCUCUCAUCCACCGGGAUUUGCAAUUGACGAGCCGGCAAACGAUGACGAUGAGGAGGAGGAUGAUGACGAUCUCGCCCUCGCUGCUUUAGAAUCACUCGAUGCCAUUGAGGUUUUCAAACACGAUCAGCGAAUCGAUCGCGCUGUCUACGAAGCCCGGAUCUCAGUCGACACAUUUCGACGUCUGCUGAUGUUGCUCCUUGUCAUCGCUCCCUUGAAACCCCUUGAGUCCGUGUCCAAGUACACGUCCAACCUAAGCCCGGAUCAACUUGCCGCUGUUCGGCGUGAAGCUGAUAGCAUUAUCGCGGCAUUCAGUCCGGAAGAAAUUGCUGGCGGCAUCCGGUACAGAUCUUUUGCGAGAACCGUCUCCGUUUCUUUGCCUCAUCUUUUCGAUCCUUUGACGCCGCUGUUUGAACAUCUCCUCUUCAGUAAAAACUUGGAUCUAUCUCGGAAACGCACCGGAGCAGAACCGUCUCAUGCAGAAGAUGAGGGUCAGAACGACUCCAAUUCGCCACCUGAAGCUCCUGUCAUCCUGCCUGGUAGCUUUGAAUCUGCCAUCUUAAAUCCCAGCAUCAUAUCCCACCUGUCCUUUUUCCUUCCCGCAUCUCCGGAUGUGAAUUUGUUCCGGAGCGGUACACGCCUGCACCCGGUGUUUUCGACAACGGCACAUGGCGAGUCCUUGACUUCAUUCUCACAUAACGUCCUCACCUGGCAAGCUCCGACACUUCUUCUCAUCCAAGGCACUCAACGGGACAGGUCAGGAGCCGAGGAAAAGUUAAUCACCCUGGGUGCUUAUCUCCCUCAGCCUUGGAAGCCGACAUCUCCGCGUCACAAACCGACAACCCCAGCCGUGUUCUUCUCCACGAGCACAGGCAUCGCAAUCGGCUGCGAAGUCGCACCUCCAUCGCGCAACAGCUUUGGGCCAGGCGUGCCCGUUCGUUCGUCUCACAGUAAACGGCAACAACAACAAGCCCCCAUCCCCAUCGGCGCAGGCAGCCUGCUAAUCGACGAGGGACUCGAGACAGCGGAGCUGCACGUAUCCUACACCAGCGGCGCGGGGGGAGUAUUCCUUCCCCCAGUACCGUCCAACAUGCCCGUAACCACCACCCAAAUCGACAUCUACAACCUCGAGAUCUGGGGCCUAGUCGAGGAUCCCAUAUCAUCAUCAGACCCUAACCCCAACUCCUCGCGAGACGCCAUCGCCCUCCAGCGCGCCCAAUGGGCCUUCGACGCCCGCGAAGCAGAACGACGAAGAACAAUCAACCUCAAAGUUGGCGGGUCCGACUCUUCUUCCUCUGAUGUACAGAGCGCGAGAGCCCUGCUGGAAAUGGCGGGUAUUAUAAGCGAUAGUGGGAAGAGUGGUGGGAGUGUUUGA